AUGUCAUCAAUAAUUAUACCUAAACAUGAAUCAUUCCCCAAAAAAAAUUAUAGCAAAGCAAAUGACAGUCACCCCAUUUCAUCAAUUAAUACAAACAUUUCUGAAGUAGCAAAGAAUAAACAAGAAAAUAUUACGCGCUUUUCUCCAUCCCUCAACAACACUGAAUGCAAUGACCUUACUAUGCGCAAAGUGAUCAUGCAGAACAUUCACUCAAAUCCAUCGACAGCAAAACGACAAAUUCAAUUAGCAAUGCGUAAAAAGUUCAGUGGUUUCAUUGACACAAUCUGUUCCACUAAACCAUUCAAUUAUUUGAUAAAUUCAGAUUUGUACUGCGAAGUUCAACAACACAACAUUACGUGUUUAGUGUUUCGUCAAGCUUUUCGAUAA